AUGCUGGAUAUCGCAAUCAUCGGCGGCGGAAUCGCCGGUCUCACGGCGGCGAUUGCGCUCCGGCGAGCAGGCCACUCUGUGACGAUAUAUGAAAAGUCGUCGCUGAACAACGAGAUCGGAGCCGCCAUCAACGUGCAGACGAACGCGUCACGUCCGCUGGUGGCUCUGGGUAUGGACCCGGUGAGAGCGAGGUUCGUCAUGGCCAAAGGCAGCCGGCUCCUGCGAGGGGAUACCCUAGAGGUAACCCACGAGCUCAAUCUGGGUGCUAUUGCAGAGCGGUACGGGUCGCCGUGGUACUUUGCGCACCGAGUUGAUUUGCACGAGGAACUGAAGCGGAUGGUGACUGCGGCUGAUGGCGGCCCGCCUGUGACUUUCAAGUUACGUAGUGAGGUGACGACUUAUAACCCGGACGCUGCCAGCUUCACUCUCCGAGAUGGGACAGUCGUUUCUGCGGAUCUCGUGGUUGCGGCCGAUGGUAUUCACAGCGGCGGCGUCGAGGCGAUUCUGGGUUCGCCUAACCCCGCGUUCCCGGCCGCGCAAGACAACUUUUGUUACCGGUUCCUAAUCCCCAUGGAUGCUGUACUUUCGGACCCUACCACAUUGAAGCUAUUUGAAGGCGCUUCCGGAAGUUUCAGAAUGUUUCUCGGGGACGGGAAGAGAAUCGCCACCUAUCCGUGCAGAGGCGGCGAGGUCCUCAACUGCAUUGCGAUAUUCCAUAACGAAGUUGAUUCUUCGAGUAAGGAAGAUUGGCACAACUCGGUUGAUAAGUCUCACUUGCUAAAGCUUUUUGACAACUUCCACCCAAGUGUACUAGCGCUUCUACACAAGGCGAGCGAAGUGAAGCAAUGGCCUCUACUGUACAGAGCCCCCAUUCCCACAUGGAGGAAAGGCAGAAUGGUUCUCAUUGGGGAUGCAGCCCACCCAAUGCUCCCACAUCAAGGCCAAGGAGGCGCGCAAGCUAUCGAGGACGGCGUUGCCCUGGGUGUUUGCCUAGCCAACAUCACCGCACAUGACGAUAUUGCGGAGAGACUAGAAGUAUUUGAGCAAAUCCGCAGAAACAGAGCCAGUGUAGUUACUGUUUUCAGCAACGCUGGACAGGACGAAGCGGAGAAGAUUAGGGAGGCUGCAUCUCAGUUCAUACCUGUCGAACGUAUCCCGACAAAUCCGGGCGGCUUCUACGAUUUCCACUUUGACUACGACAUCAUGGAUGACUCGGCGGAACACAUGCGGAAGCUCGAUCCCAACUUUAGGCUUCCCGACGCCUUUCUUCAAAAUGAGCAGGGUAGUCGAGCUUUUUUGUAA